CCUUGCGCUUGCAUUUCGGAAACCCCGAUCAUAUGACAGGUCGUUGUGGAGACAGCAAGCUGUAGCUAUCGAGCUAGUUUAGCGAGCCAAGUACAGCUGAUAAUCAACGGAACGUAUCAUAUCCAAAAUUAUUUAAAAUGGAACGGAAUAAAAACCUACCCAAUUUAUCACUUGAAACCGACAGAAAUUAAAGUAAUUUGAAAAACUGCGUUGCUUAGCAAGCCACUGUCUUUAACAGACUUGGUGCGCUACAGUGAGUGCUAGCCACUACAGUAGCUAGCUAGCUAAAAGACUAAUCGUUAGCUAACUGGACAAGUAAGUAAGGUAGCCAGCACCAGCUGUGUGCUAGAUAUCUAAUAUACUUUUUUUCUAGCUAGUUGAAGAGCUUGUAGCUAGCCGCCUGUUUUAAAACUAGUGUAAUUACAUAGGUAACUAGUUUUCUAUCAGGGGGUCUAGCAGUUGCGCUACUUCAAAAUGGCUUGUGUGCAUUAUAAGUUCUCGUCUAAACUCCAAUAUGACACCGUCACUUUCGAUGGCCUGCACAUCACUUUGAGUGAUUUGAAGAGACAGAUCAUGGGCCGGGAGAAACUCAAGGCCGGCGAUUGUGAUCUACAGAUAACCAACGCACAGACUAAAGAAGAAUACCAUGAUGACACAGCACUUAUCACCAAGAACUCCUCAGUCAUCAUCAAGAGAAUACCCCUGGGAGGAGUCAAAGCCACUAAUAAAACCUAUCUCAUUGGACGCUCUGACCAUCACCAUGUCGUGGGACCCCCCAAAGCCAUGGAUGAUCAUGCAGUGUCUGUGUCUCUGGCCCAGCUGUCUAAGACCGCAAACCUGGCCGAGGCCAACGCCUCCGAGGAAGACAAGAUCCGCGCCAUGAUGUCACAGUCCAACCACGACUACGACCCCAUCCACUACACGAAGAAGCUGUCAGGGCCGCCCCCUCCCAACUACACCUGCUUCCGCUGUGGCAAGAACGGCCACUACAUCAGGAACUGUCCAACCAAUGGGGAUAAAAGCUUCGAGGCGCCUCAGAGGAUCAAGAAGAGCACGGGCAUCCCUCGCUCCUUCAUGAUGGAGGUGGACGACCCCAGCAUCAAGGGAGCCAUGUUGACCAACACCGGCCGCUACGCCAUCCCCACCAUAGACGCUGAGGCGUACGCCAUCGGUAAGAAGGAGAAGCCUCCCUUCGUGUCUCAGGCCAAGUCGUCCUCGGAGGAGGAUGAAGACCCCAUCCCUGACGAGCUGCUGUGUCUCCUCUGCAAAGAUCUCAUGACCGACGCUGUCGUCAUCCCCUGCUGCGGCAACAGCUACUGUGACGACUGUGUCCGGACGUCUCUACUGGAGUCAGACGAACACAUCUGUCCCACCUGCGGCAAAUCAGACGUCUCGCCCGACGCCCUCAUAGCCAAUAAGUUCCUGCGCCAGGCAGUGAACAAUUUCAAGAAUGAGACGGGCUACACCAAGCGCAUGAAGAAGGGCGGCCCUCCGGACUCUGCUGGCUCCGCCCAGCCCCCUAUCCCCGCCCCUCCUCAGCCCCGCCUUCUACGCCCCUACCAGCAAACGAGGAGCCAGCAGGAUCCUCUCAUGCCCCGCCCUCCUGCGGCCGACACCCCACCAUUGGCCCAACAGCCUGGCACGCCUCCCGUUGGUGGGAAAACCGCUGCAGGCUCCUCCUCCCACAGCACGCCUGCUGCCUCCCCUCAGCACCUACCCAGCCAUGUGGAGCCACCUGUAAAAGAGGUUGAGGACCUGGUGCCGACCCAGUCUGUGGUGGUCUCUGCGGACCCUCCAGCUCCCACAUCUCUCCUCCCCACGGAUUACCAUGUCCAAGUUCUAACCCAGCCCCCUCCUCUCAGCCACACGCUCCACAAAGCAGGCCCGCCCCCGAGACCCAACCCCCCCAGACACUCUGGUGGACCCCCCAGUUGGGACACCUCCGGUGGCCAUGACAGGCCUCACAGUGACCAACCCCAACACUCCCACCUCCCUCCCAGCCAGCCCCCACCUUCCUCUGGACCCCUACCCCUCUUCCCUCCUCCUCCCUCUCUCUUCUCCACCCAGCACUUACCCCCGCUUCUUGGGGUGGGGCACCCCCAGUACCCUCCUCCGCACUACCCCCCGGGCCAGCCUCCCUCCAGCUACCCUGUACCCCCGCCAGGCUUCCCUCCAGUCCCUGGGGUGAUGCCCGUCCCCCCCUGGGCACCCUCCACCUCCCAGCCCCCGCCCCUCCCCAGCGCCCCCAUCCCCUCGCUCUCCUCCGCCCCUCACCCCUCCUUCCUCUCCAAGGAUGACUUCUACAGACAGCAGCGGAGGAUGAAAGAGGAUCCUCCCAGCCUUUUCAGCGGCAGGGCCAGUGACAAGUCAAAGCUGGAGGAGUUCACCAACGACUUUGCCAAGGAGCUGCUGGAGUACAGGAAGAUGCAGAAGGAGAGGAGGCGCUCCUACUCCAGGUCCAAGUCUCCCUACAGGGGCUCGUCCUACAGUGGCUCCUCCCGGUCUUACUCUCGUUCCCCUCGCUCCUACUCCCGCUCCGUGAGUCGCUCCCGGUCCCGCUCCAGCUCCCGACCCAGACUCCGGUCCAGGUCUCACUCCCGCUCCCCUUACCCUCGCCGCCCCGCCAGACCCCGCACUUACCGCUCGCGUUCCCGCGGCUACCGUCGCUCGCGCUCGCGCUCCCCCCCGCACUACCGGGGCAGAGACGGGCCUGGAGGUGGCUACCGGUCUAGGUCCAGAUCCCCAGGACCCGGGGGCUACCGGAACCACACCCCGCCCGCCAAGAAACCGGGCUCGGACCGGGAGCGCCCGGUGCCCGAGGCGGAGCGCAAGUACCCGGGCCGGGAGCGCUACCGAGACAAAGAGCCCCUGCUGCCGGAGCCCAAAGCGGGCUUCCCCCCACGGGCUCCGGACAGUACCGAUUCCCAGGAGAGGGAGCGCUACCACCAGUGGGAGCGCGAGUACAGAGAGUGGUACGAGAAAUACUACAAGAGCUACAGCGCCCACCUGCCCCCUGUCCACCCGCCUCCUUUCAGGGCUCGCCCCUCGGAACCUUACAGCCCCCCCACAGACCGCUACGCCCAACCCCGACACACCCGAAACAGGGAUACCUCACCCCGGAGCUCCCCCUUCCGUCGAGGGGGGAGAAGGGAGGAAUACUCCCCUCCUACCUCAGCUCACAGUCCAGGCCCCGCCUCCAAAGGGAGAACGGCAGCGAUGACCUACCAGGAGAGGUGCUUGGAGAAGUAUGGACAACAGCCAAUCGUCAAGCCUGACAAUAAGGAGAACCCGAGGGGAUCGACCAAGGACAAGGAGCCAGCCAACUUCACUUUUGGCGUAGCAACCGUUACCUCAGCUAGACCGGGUGCCUCCAAGCCUGGUGCACACUCCCACAGGAAGCAGAAGAAGAAGAGAAAAGGGGAAGAUGGGAGAGGGGGAGGAGAAUCCUCUUUCAGCGCCUCGGAUUCCACAGAGGAAACGCAGAGGAAGGAGAGAAAAGAAACUAGCGAUGUCAACGCCGCUGGCCGGGACGACGCCACCCCCGUUCGGGAUGAACCAAUGGAGAGUGAUGCCUCGGCCUUAGCUCCACCUCCUCCUAAACCGGAUAGGGCGCCCUCAGACAGAGAAAGGUACGAGAGGAGGGACUUGGCGAAGAGUGACAAGGCCAAGCGCAAAUCCGACUCCAGUGGAACCAGGAGAGACGACAACUCCUCCUAUACGAGCUCCAGAACUGCCAGAAAGAGAGAGCCGGAGACAGACACGCUCAAAACUGCCCACCACAAGACCAGCCCGGUAAGGGCCGAAGACCAGAAGACCCCCCCGGCUGAGCUGGCGGUAAAACGACUCAGGGAGGAGAUUCUGCCCGUCAAACCAGACCCCUUCGCACCAGAAUGCAGCCAGAAUCUCCAGACGGCUGUCUCCCUUAAAGCAAGUCCACAUAUCUCUCAUUCAAAACCGGACCGGCAACCUGACCAGCUCAAAGCUGCCAGAACCAAGCCAGAUGGCCACAGGCAAAGUGAGAGUGAACCAGACCAGGCCAGGCCCUCUAAGGAGGACCAGAGAGUCUGGAAGGAACCAGCAGCCAGGCAGGACAGGGAGUCUGCCAGAGAGGACAAGCCCAAGAGAGAGGCUGAGAGGGUGGGCAGGGCAGUGGAGAGAUCCUCCGGGAGCAAUGCUCCAGACACCAAGCCCGAGAAAAGGAGGAGGCGAGAAGAGAGGGGGAGGAAAGAGGUGAAGAGCACGGACGAUAAGGAGCUUAACGCACCGGGAGGGGGAGAGGAGCCCAGUAAAAUAGAGACCAAGGAAUCCCCCAAGCCAGACGUAGAGACCCAGACCGACGAGGAGGAGAGAGAGAAGGAGACCCUCAUAAGGCCCCUGAUCGAGCGAGGGAUGAGGGGGAAGAUUAAGAUCAACAUCAACAUGGAAGGGAAGAAGAAGGAAGGUGGAGAAGGAGGGGUCCAGGGGCCGGCUGCUAUCAGCUCCACCAAAGUAGAGAAGGUAGAGAGGAGCAAAAGCCGAGGCCACCGCAGGGUCCUAGCGCCCGACGGCUCCGCGGGUGUGGUAGACUACACGAGUGCCAGCUCCACCGGGGGCAGCCCUCUACGUGGAGGUGGCCUGAGCGCUGAGGACAGGCUGGAGCAGAGGAAGACUAUAGUGAAGACCCUGGAGGAGUACACCAACGACAGCUCCACCCCUGCCGAGGAUGAGAUCGUACUCAUACAGGUCCCUCGCUCCAAAUGGGAGAAGGAAGACUCUGAGGAGGAGGGAGAGAAGGAGGAAGCCGUCACGGUCCAGGCCAAACCCCAGGCUCCUCCGCACACUCCUCUACCCCCACCACUCCCUCCACUCCCCACCCUCUCCGUGGCAACGGAGAGCCUGGUAGGAAGAGCGAGGGUGAAGGAGAGAGACCAAGAGAGGGAGGUGGACAGAGUGAAAGGCUCGUCGCGGCCCCCGCCGGAGAAAGCUCUCACUCCUACUAGUGAGAAAGGCAUCUUGGCUGAUACGCAGCGCUCCAAAGCCCAAAUCUCACCUGCUGAGAAAGACAGACAGGAGGACAAAGACAAAGAGCAGGCGAGAGAGAGGGAGAGAGAAAGCGAAAGGGAGAGGUUCAAGGAGCGACAGAGGGCCAAGGAGUCCGGGGGCAGGGAGAGGGGGAAGGAGCGGGAAAGGGAUCGCAGCAGUACAUCGAGCAGGGAGGCGACGGACAAACAUCGGCCGCCCCACUCGUCCUCCUCGUCCUCCACCUCCUCUCACCCCUCGGAGCGGGAGAGGAGAGAGCGGGAGCGAGAGAGGACUGGUGAACGGGGGAGUGACCACGGCAGUGAGAAAAGCUCCUCGUCCUCCUCGCACUCUUCCUUGCGGGACCGCCCGGCCGAGCGCAAACCCUCUGACGGCAGGGACCACAACGUGGUCGUCGCGGCGGACCGCACGCCGACAGACCGCACGCCGACAGACCGCACGCCGACAGACCGCACGCCGACAGACCGCAAGCCGACAGACCGCAAGCCGACAGACCACCGAAACAGAGACCCGAGAGAGAAGGCCGACCAGAAACACAGAGACCACCUUGACGUCAGACACAGGGACGGUCGCGACGACAGGGAGCCGGGCAGACCCCCUCACCGCCGACGUGACUCCCCCCCUGACCCCCACAGGUCUCGGGGCUGGGACAGAGACUCGCACAUGUCUGAUUCCUCCAGCAGGAACCAGGCCGGGCGAGGCUGGGAGCCUGUGAGGCCCAGUAAGAGCAGCCCUGGCAGGGACAGGACACAGGACAAACGACCCCCUCUGCCCCCCAGCUCCACAGAGAACCAGCCCACUAAAGGGGCAACCAAGGGAGAGGAACCCCGAGCUGAGGGUCCAUCGGGGAGGAAAGAGAGCCAGCAGGACAGCCAGGGAACCAGAGAGAUGGAGGUCAGGUCUGUUAGGGAACCACUUCAGCCAGAUUGUCACCAACAGCCCCCGAGGAGAGACAAGCCAAAGUCCCCCCACGUGGACCAGGAGCGGGAGGGCGAGAGAGAUGGGGAAAGGAGGGGGAAGGAGAAAGGCAGAGAGAACCCAGCGACGAGGUCCCCCAGUGGCCUCCAGCCUGACAGACAGCAGUCCGACCCCGUCAGGGAGACGGACGAGGCGGCGUUCGUGCCCGACUACAGCGAGAGCGAGAGCCCGGGCUCCGAGUCGGAGGGGAGGAUGGAUGACCGGGGGAGGGAGGGCCGACAGGGGGAGGACAGGAGGAGGGAGGCGAGGAAGGAGCGGGCUGACAGGCGGGAGGACAGGGCUGAGGCUGGGGGGAAGAUGGAUGCGGGGAAAGGGCCGGAGGGGGAGAGCAGCCGGAGCAGCAGCGUCAGCUCCACCUGCAGCCAGGACAGCCGGAAAGACGAGAAGAAGAGAGACAGGAAGGAGAAGAAGAAACUGAAGAAGCACAAGAAACACAAAAAGCACAAGAGACAGGCGAGCUUGGAGUGUGAGGAGGGGGAGCUGAAGGGACACAAACACAAGAAGAAGAAGUCCAGGAAGAACAGAGACAAAGACAAGGAGGGGCAGGGGAGAGGGGCGGCGGGGGAGGGCGACGGGCAGAAGGCCGAGGAGGGGAGGAAAGAGGAGGCGACGGAGGAGGAGGAGCAAGACUGUUGA